GUUCUUACUGUAUGUCCGCAAGAAGGCAUCUAUCGAGGUGGCGUUUUCAAAUUUUCGAUUUCUGUUCCGCCUGAGUACAACAAUGUUCCUCCCACCGUGAAGUGUUUAACUCGAGUUUUUCACCCAAAUAUCAACGAAGAUGGCAGCAUUUGCCUGUCUAUACUUCGUGAGAACUCGCUCGAUGCUUUUGGUUGGCGGCCGACAAGGAAUCUUACUGAGGUAAUCCACGGGCUCUCCUCUUUGUUUACCGAUCUAAUCGACUUUGACGAUGCACUCAACAUGCAAGCCGCACAAUUAUGGUCGACAAAUCGUGAACAGUUCACACAUCGUGCCCGUGAAUACAUCGCCAAAUAUUGUGAUCGUCGUUAG